AUGGCUUACACUUUACGGUACGGUGUUCUUGGAUCUGUUUUAUUGAGCAUAGCAUACGGAAUCAUCUGCAUUGUUGGUGUAUGUGGAAAUGUAGCAGUUGUUGUUGUUGUGGCGCAAAGUCCUACAAUGCGAUCGCCAACGAACCUAUUUAUUGCAAAUUUAGCUGUAGCUGAUAUCCUUGUCAAUAUUUUGUGUCUCCCGUUUACGUUAAUAGGAAAUCUCUUCCCUGCUUGGAUUCUGGGAAUCUUCUUUUGUAAAACCGUAUCAUAUUUACAAGGCGUUUCCGUAUCUGCCUCUGUAAAUACCUUAACUGCCAUUUCCUUGGAACGUAUGGCUGCUAUAAAUUUUCCCUUUUUGUCGGGAAGUAUGACACAAAACAAAUAUAAAGUCGCAGUCAUUGUGAUAUGGUUCGUAGCAUUGACAAUUAAUCUACCAUGGUUGUUUGUUUUCAAGCUCGAGCCUCUCAGUCCUGGCAGUUUGGCGAAAGUUUGUAUUGAAUUGUGGCCAACACAGCAAUCAGGCGACAUAUUUUUCCUCAUUGCCAAUUUAUUCAUCUGCUACUUGGGACCAUUAAUGGUCAUAUCAGUUUGUUACGUCAUCAUUUGGAAUCGCGUAUCUAACCGGAGACUCCCGCGAGAAAUUGUGGUGAAUCGCAAAAAUGACAUAUACACAAAAAGUAAAAUGAAAGUGUUGAAGAUGCUCUUGGUAGUGAUAUUAGUAUUUACUUUCUCGUGGUUACCUUUGUAUGCGUUGUGCUCCUUCAUUAAGUUCUUUUGGGUACCGAGGGACGACAAUGAACACAUAUCUGAAACAAUUAUCAUUUUCCUGCCCAUAUUUCAACUGUUAGGAGCAACUAAUUCCUGCAUAAAUCCCAUACUAUAUGCAUUUAUGAACCAUAAGUUUCGUGUAGGUUUUAAGAACAUAAUAAGCAAAAAUAACGCUUUGUCAAUACAAGACCUCGAAAUUAAGGAAAUCAAUCCGCGUCGUGGAACGAGAAUGAUCAAACAUGAGCAGAGUGUUAAUGAUGAGAAACAGGGAAAAAUUGCUGGAACAGCCAUUACUGAAGAUUAUUCUUAUAUUUUAAAGAAAAAGUUGAUAAUUGAAGCUCUGUAA